AUGAGUACUCCAUUUGGUUUAGAUUUAGGUAACGAUAACUCCGUUUUAGCUGUUGCCAGAAACAGAGGUAUUGACAUCGUUGUCAAUGAAGUUUCUAACCGUUCCACUCCAUCUGUCGUUGGUUUUGGUCCAAAAAACAGAUACUUGGGUGAAACUGGUAAGACCAAGCAGACUUCUAACAUCAAGAACACCGUUACAAACUUAAAGAGAAUUGUCGGUUUAAAUUACGAUGAUGAAGAUUUUGAACAAGAAUCUAAAUUUUUCACUUCCAAAUUAGUUAAAUUAGAUGACGGUAAGAUCGGUGCUCAAGUCAGAUUCGCCGGUGAACAACAAACUUACUCUGCUGUCCAAUUAACUGGUAUGUUUAUUGACAAAGUCAAGCACACUGUCAUUGACGAAACUAAGGCCAAUUUGACCGAUGUUUGUGUCGCUGUCCCAGCUUGGUACUCUGAAGAACAACGUUACGCCAUGGCUGACGCUGUCAGAGUUGCUGGUUUAAACCCUGUCAGAAUCGUUAACGAUAUCACCGCUGCCGGUGUUUCUUACGGUGUUUUCAAGACCGAUUUACCAGAAGGUGAAGAAAAACCAAGAAUCGUCGCUUUAGUGGACAUUGGUCACUCUUCUUACACCUGUUCCAUCAUGGCAUUCAAGAAAGGUGAAUUAAAGGUCUUAGGUACUGCUUACGAUAAACAUUUCGGUGGUAGAGACUUUGACCGUGCUAUCACUGAACAUUUCGCUGAUGAAUUCAAAGGUAAAUACAAGAUUGACAUUAGAGAAAAUCCAAAGGCUUAUAACAGAAUUUUAACUGCUGCUGAAAAGUUAAAGAAAGUCUUAUCUGCUAACACUGCUGCUCCAUUCUCUGUCGAAUCUGUCAUGAACGAUGUCGAUGUUUCUUCUCAAAUGACCCGUGAGGAAUUAGAAGAAUUAGUUAAGCCAUUAUUAGAACGUGUCACUGACCCUGUCACUAGAGCUUUAGCUCAAGCUAACAUCUCUGCCGAAGAAGUCGAUUACGUCGAAUUAAUUGGUGGUACUACUCGUAUCCCAACUCUAAAGCAAUCUAUCUCUGAUGCUUUCGGUAAACCAUUAUCCACCACUUUAAACCAAGAUGAAGCUAUUGCUAAGGGUGCUGCUUUCAUCUGUGCUAUUCACUCUCCAACUUUAAGAGUCAGACCAUUCAAAUUCGAAGAUAUUCACCCAUUAUCUGUUUCAUACUCUUGGGACAAGCAAGUUGAAGAUGAAGAUCACUUAGAAGUCUUCCCAGUCAACUCCAGUUUCCCAUCCACCAAAAUGAUCACUUUACACCGUACUGGUGACUUCUCCAUGGAAGCUAAAUACACUGACAAGGACCAACUACCAAAGGAUGUUCCUGUCGAAAUCGCCAGGUGGGAUAUCUCAGGUGUUCAACUUGCUGAAGGUCAAGAAUCUAUCCCAGUUAAAUUAAAGUUGAGAUGUGACCCAUCUGGUUUACACAUCAUUGAAGAAGCUUACACUUUAGAGGACAUCAUUGUCAAGGAAGAAAUUCCAUUACCUGAUGAUGCUCCAGAAGAUGCUGAACCUGAAUUCAAGGAAGUCACCAAGACUGUCAAGAAGGAUACUUUAACAAUCACUCCACAUACAUUUGCCCUAAAUGCUUCUUCAUUGAAUGAAUUAAUCGAAAAGGAAAAUGAAUUAACUGCUCAAGACAAAUUAGUUUUCGAAACUGAAGACCGUAAAAACGCUUUAGAAGAAUAUAUUUACACUUUACGUGGUAAGUUAGAAGAAGAAUACGCUCCAUUUGCCUCUGAACAAGAAAAGACUAAACUAACUGGUAUGUUAUCCAAGGCUGAAGAAUGGUUAUACGACGACGGUUACGAUUCCAUUAAGGCCAAGUACAUUGCUAAAUACGAAGAAUUAGCAUCCAUAGGUAACGUUAUCAGAGGUAGAUACUUAGCUAAGGAAGAAGAAAAGAAGCAAGCUUUGAGAGCUAAGCAAGAAGCUUCCCAAAUGGCUGACUUAGCUGCUAAGUUAGCUGCCCAAAGAAAAGCCGAAGCUGAAGCCAAGGAAGAAACCGCUGACGCUGAAGGUGAUGUUGACCUUGAUUAA